AUAAAUUUCGGCACCAGUCUGCGACUAACGAUGUUGAUUAAAGCUGCGUAUUUAAUUCUCCUCGCAAUCGGUUCAUUCAACCGAAUUUACGGUCAUUGUGAAGAAUCGUAUAUGAUGUUUUGUGACUGUGUGUCUGAUAUUCGGAAUUACAAAAGUGGAAAUUGGACUGAUGUUGUAAUCAAGUCCGGCAAAACUUCGUGCUCGUCUGCCAUCAAAAGCAACAGUUUCGAAAAACUGGACGAAAUUAAGAUACUGUUUAUUGUUGAUCAAAUUGAAACAAUCGAGAAAUUUGCCUUCAAACAGAUAGGUCAAACACUGAAAGUCUUGAAGCUUUAUGGGAACGCUUUGAAUCUAGUGAAAAGUGGCACGUUUUCGGGCUUUAGAAAGCUGAGUCAGUUGAGUCUGGUCAACAACAACAUUGAGUUGAUUGAAGAAAAAUCAUUUGAAAGCUCGGUUAUCAAAAAUUUGGACCUAUCCCGUAACAAAAUCGAGAUGAUCGCAGCGGAUACAUUCGCCGAAAGUGAGAUUACUAAAAUCGUAUUGAGAUACAACCGACUAUCCUAUAUUAAUGAAGACGCCUUCAACAAACAUUUGGAAAUCCUGCAACUAGACUACAACAAUUUAGAACACUUGCAAGGCGGUUUUGCAUCAAAAUCCCCCAAGCUACGCGAACUAACAAUCAGUCACAACAAGCUAUCGCACGUUUCCGACGUUCCCUCUUUAGUCAAAGCAAACAAGCUUGACUUUUCCUUCAAUAACAUUAAUCACAUCAAUCUUCCAGAAUUUGAAGAUUUUAAAGAUCUGACUUUCCUCGACUUGAGUAGCAACAAACUCGAAACGUUUUCACUGAAUUACUUCAAGAAGGUGAAAACGGAACGCUUGACUCUGCUCCUAAGCUACAAUCUUUUGACUAACGUAAAAUUCAAAGACGACACGAAACCUAUGACUCUGACACUGUUUGGAAAUCCGUGGAAUUGCAAAUGUUUGGAGAAGAUGCAGAAGCACAUGCUUCAGAAUAAUUUUAGUACGACAAAGUGCGAUUUGGAACUGUUUAAAUGCGGACUUCUUCCUGUGUGUAUCGAGCAAGGGGAGUGCGAGGACUCACAACCAGUGGAAAAUCGCGACGACCUGAAAAGGUUCAUGCAGGUUGUGCAGAGGCAAAAAGGAAGCCUCGUCUGUGAUGUGUUUCGUGACACCGGCCCAAGAUUCGUAGUGGGCAUUCGUUCUCGAUGAUUGACUUUGUAAAUACUUCAUAAUAAAGACUUGAAAACUGGCA